CUUCCUUUUAUUUAUAUUUGGCUUCUUAUUUAUUCCCCAAAACGCCCAUUGGUUCCUCUCUCACACUUAUCUCUUUCCUCAAUUCUCAUCCACCAAUAAUCCAAUCCCAACAAAGAAAACAUCUCAGAUAACAACAACAACAACAAAGAAGAAGAUAAUAACACACAUAAACCACCGCCAUUGGUAACGUUUUUACUAUCAUGCCUCGCCAACACGACGGCGUCGUUGUUGGAUGAAAAUUGAAACCCAAGACAACAUAACACAACCUCUCUUCUUCUUCUUCUUCUUCUUCUUCUGCUCUUAUUUGAACUCUUCAUGUCUUAAUCACUUUUUUCUUCCAACAACCACCACUACCCCUUAACCUUUGUCGUAAUCUUUCUCUAAUUUUUCGCCAAAGUUGCUUGCUUUUCUGUUUACCGUGUCUGAAUUUGUUAUACCUUCACCUAAAAUCUUCCACAGCUCCUUCUUGUUGCAAACCCCUUUAACCUAUCAAUAAAAAAAAAGGAGGGUAUUUCUAUCUUUCUUUUUGUUGAAUUUUGAAGAAAGAAUUGUUUGUUAUUGUUGCCAUGGCUUUGUCACAAUAUGUUCAUGAUAUGUUGGAGAACCCUGCAAUCUUGGGUGUAUGCAUAGGUGUAGCAAUGUUUCUUGGCCCAAUAUGGGUAGCAUUUCUUUUUGGUGUUCUAAUUGGAUGGGUAUGGAAACCCAAUUGGGCGAGCUUAGCGAAAGGAAAAUUUAUUGGCUCGUCUUCAUCAUCAUCUUCUUCUUCACCUUCCAAGUCUAUUUUGUCACCUUUGAAGGCCUAUGCUUCUUCUCCAAGCCUUACUUCUAUUAAAAUGCAGGCUCCAAAUCCAGAAUCAUUAGCUGUUAAUAAAUCUAUGCUUGUGAAAGGGAUGGAUAAGAAAGGCUCUUCUUCAUUGCCAAUGAAAAUUGAUAACUCUAGCAGUGCCUUAAAUUCUAGUGGAGAAACAUCUAAUGCUGUUACUGUGGAGGAUUUACAUCACCUGUGGCAGCUCGUGGAGGAGAAAGAUGGGGGUCUCCCCUGGAUGAUGAUGAUGGAUCGCUCUACUCCGAACAUGGACUACCAAGCAUGGCGCAGAGAACCAAAGGAUGGUCCUCCCGAAUACAGAAGUAGAACUGUGUUUGAAGAUGCUACUCCUGAAAUUGUAAGGGAUUUAUUCUGGGAUGAUGAGUUUCGGCCCAGAUGGGAUGACAUGCUUGCAAAGUCAACAAUGAUACAGGAGUGUCCCACUACUGGAACCAUCAAAGUGCAGUGGAUACGGAAGUUCCCAUUUUUCUGCAAAGACAGAGAAUACAUUAUUGGUCGACGAAUAUUUGAAUCUGGAGGAUCAUACUAUUGCGUGACAAAGGGAAUAGAUUGUCCUUCAAUUCCAAGACAAGAUAAACCAAGGCGAGUCGACACAUACUACUCAAGUUGGUGUAUUCGGGCAGUUGAAUCAAAGAGAGCCAAGGGCAAGCUAAGUGCCUGUGAAGUUAUCCUCUUCCAUCAUGAAGAAAUGGGGAUUCCAUGGGAAAUUGCAAAAAUCGGAGUAAAGAAAGGAAUGUGGGGAACAGUUCAGAAGAUCGAGCCAGGUUUGCGUGCGUACCAACAUGCAAGAGCCUCUGGAACCUCGCUUUCUCGGCACGCUUUCUUGGCUGGGGUCAACACCAAAGUCCCUCCAGAAUACUUGGAGAACAUUGGAUCUGCUGAGAAUCGAUCUGAGAUCGACGAAAAUGCGACGUCUUCCGAGAAACCGAAGGGUAUGAACAUACCAAAGAUAUUAGUCAUAGGGGGUGCUAUUGCUCUUGCUUGUAGUAUUGAUAGGGGAUUGGUGGCAAAGUAUGCCAUAUUUGGUGUUGCAAGAAGAUUUGCCAAUAUAGGUAGAAGAUGAUGAUAGGUGUAAUCCAGUAUAUAGAAGAAGCAAUUGAAGGAGUUCUAUUAGAACCUUUAGAUUUUAUUGUUGUAGGCAAAAUCAUUAUGAAAAAAAAAUGUCGAUUGAAAAAAAUAAUAUAAUUUACCAUCGGCUAGUGUUGAGGGGUCGUCAUUGAAGUUUUUGCUGAUUUGGAUCGUGAAAAAUUAUUGGUCCAGACUAGAGAGUAUGAUGGUUGUAUAAACUCAGUUACAUCAUAAAAUUUCGCUCUUUUUCUCAAAUUUCCAGGUUAAUUAAGUCUUUUGUAGCAUGAAAUGUUACGUUUAAGAAUUAA